AUGGCCCAGUACGAACCUCUGCUCGACGAAGACCACCUCCACACGGAGCUCUUGAAGACCUUAGAUCACAAGAGCGACGUGAUCCGUCUCAAGCUCGACGAAUUCAUCUCUACCAUGUCGGCUCGCAUCGAGCAACUUCAAGCGACAAUCGAGAGAUUGUCAAUUAUUCAAGACUCGUUGGGGGACUUCACCAAACUGAAGCCUGCCUUGGAAAGACUGGUCGAGCGCACUACUCCUCGUUCAGCCUGUAUAUUCUGCACACUACAGGAGAACGAGGUUUCGCACUAA